CUAUAUUAAAAAUUUUUCCGGCCAUGUUGUCUGAAGUUUUCCCCACCGCCGGAGACCAUCUGUCCUCCGAUGGGGCCGGGUUCUUUGAAACCGGUGGUUUUACUCCUUGGGAUACCCAAGAAAACCCUUUUCUUUUUACCCCACAAGAACCGGUAUUUUCCUUCUCCGGCUCUGGUUCCGACAACUCCACCCCAAAAACAAACAGCUCCGACGACGGAGAGAUGAACCCACCGGAAGAAGACGUGGUGGUGGACGAACGUAAGCGGAGAAGGAUGAUAUCAAACCGUGAGUCUGCCCGGAGAUCCCGGAUGAGAAAACAAAAGCACUUGGAGAACCUGAGGAACCAGUUGAACCGGCUUAAGACCGGUAACAAGGAACUUACGAACCGGUUAAGGGUUGUGAACCUCCAUGGACAACUCCUCCGGGAAGAAAACCAGAGUCUCCGAUCGGAAUCGGUGAUGCUACAACAAAAACUAGGGGACAUACGUCAAGUACUACUCGUCCAACAGCUCCACCACCAGUUAAUCCCAUCUGCAUGGCCGUGCAAUAAUAACGUUACCACCAUCUAUGAACAAAACCCACCAUCAUUAAUCACGUAAAAACCUUAAAUUUAUUAAAGAUCAAUCCAAAACCCACUAAAUAAAAACCUAAUAUUAUGUGCAUGAAAGCAUCGAUCACAACUCACUCGUUGCCAGUCUUUUAAUACACAUAUAUAUACAUAUAUUAUAUAUGUUUUUGUAAAUUGGAAUCACGUAGGUCGAGGAAGGAAAUUUGGGUUUUUUUAAUUUGCUUUUUAUCUUUUUUAUUUUGGUGAUUUCUUGAAAAUGGUAGCUUUGGGAGAACGAUGGGUGCGUUUAUGUCAAAACCAGAGUAAUCAUUUUGUUAAGAUUCACUCUCAAGUGUUUUGCUCAUCAGAUAUAAUUAUUAAUG